UUCUAUUAUUCUACUCUGGAUACUCAGACCAUAAUUAAAUAUUAAAACGAAAAAGGAAGAUGAUUUAAAGGCUGUGCUGGACAUUGGAAUCUAAAGACCAUGUGAUUACCAUUUUAUUAUUUAUAAUUAACCUAUUAUCAUCAUUAUACUAAUUCAUUUUGUUUUAUUUUUAUGAAGAAAUUGACCUGAGGCUGCCAGUGAACAAGCCAUAGGCUUGACUCUUAAAUAAUUACAAUAAUCAUUAGGUCAUCAGCCAGUGUGACUAAUCAUCCCAACUAAUUUUAAAACGCUUUAAUGUAAAAACCCCACAAUAUAUUGGCUUUAGACCAAUUGAAAACACUAUAAUUGUUGUCCCAACACCAUUAAAGCAUCACUUGCAAUGCGUUUCUAUUAGCAUCACUUGACAGUGUUAUGGUAACUGAGAAAUAAUUAUAUUCAAAAAGUCAGAAUUUAUCAGGAAAAGCCACAGGUGCCACAUGGAAGGAGAGUAAAACCUCUGAUUAAUGCACACAGCCAGCCUUUCAUCUCUGCCUUAUAUACUAGACAUCUCGGCUGCAAAAUGAUUAAUGUUCACCACUCAACUUACUAUUCCCAAGCCUCGGAAAUACCCCAAAGACCCUCUGACCCAAUUGGGAUCCAGUCCAUGCAUUUCUCAUUACAGCCACCACUGUCUUGGUCAUGUGAUUGCCUGCUGUCUGUGCCCAGCCCCGGCCAGCCCCGAGCAAGAGAGGAGCAUCCUCUCCUUCACUUGGGUGGGUAUAAAGGAGAUCUGCACCUUGCAUGCCGCCAAACAGGGACAAACCUAUUGAGGACAAAUGAGAAAGACGCUGCAUAUAUAUCUAUAUUCUGUGUAACAGAUACCACCUGGUGUUUGGAGGUAAUGGGUACGCUUCGGGACCUCCAAUUUGCCCUGCAACUAAAGAUUGAGGAGCUUCGCCAGAGGGACACACUAAUAGACGAGUUAGAGCUGGAGUUGGAUACCAAGGAUGAACUGAUUCGGAGACUGCAGGAAGAACUGGAUCGCUACAGAGCCACUGUCUCCCUCACAGGUCCCUCUGCAGUCGGUGGUGCUUGCUCCGCUCAAGGUGACGACAACCAGAGAGCCAAAAGGGAGACCGUCAUUUCUGAGCCCUUCACUCUGGACCCGGUGACUCUCGCCAUGGUUUUCCACAGGAGCUGUGACAAAAGCCAGGAGUCUCGGAAGCUGAUUCAGGCAGCGUUUCUGAAGAAUGACUUGUUGAAAAACCUCGAUGAAGGAGAAAUCAGAGCCAUCAUCGCCUGUAUGUAUUCCACCACCAUCCAUCAAGGCUGUUAUGUCAUUCAGGAGGGGACCAACGGGGCUCAGGCUUAUGUUGUGGAAGAAGGGAGGCUGGAAAUGACAAAAGACGGACUGAAGGUGCUCACAGUUGAACCAGAAGACAUGUUUGGAGAGGUGGCACUCCUCUACAACUGCACCUAUACCUACUCUGUCGCAGCACAAACGGACAGCAAGCUGUGGGUUAUUGACCGCAAGAGUUACCAGACCAUACUUACGCAGAGCGGUCUCAACAGCCUUUCUUAUUCAAUGGAGCUGCUUAGCAGCGUUCCCUGUCUGCAGUCGUUGCCAGAGGAUGUCAUCAUGAAAAUGUCUGAUCUCCUGGAAGAGACACACUACACUGAAGGUGACUACAUCAUUCGACAAGGAGCUAUGGGAGACACCUUUUAUAUCAUUAGCAAAGGCCAGGUUAAAGUGACAGAAAAGAAGCCAGGCCAUGAAGAGCUUUCUAAGCUUUCUGAGAGACAGUGGUUUGGAGAAAAAGCUCUGUGGGGAGAGGAUGUUCGGGCUGUGAAUGUGAUUGCUGCCGGUGAAGUUACAUGUUUGUUAAUAGACAGAGAGACCUUCAAAGAUAUCAUCAGUGGGUUGGUAUUUGACAGUGGUAAUGAGGUUCUGCAAAACACUGAAUCAAAAGUCGAGUCAGACAAGGAUGCUGUGCUCCUCUCAUCUUCCAUCUUAAGUGAUUUCCAGAUUAUUUGCACUCUGGGAGUUGGGGAGUUGGGUCACGUAGACUUGGUGCAGCUAAAGAGCAAUUGCAAGUGUCUCUCUGCCAUGAGGGUCCUUAAGAAGAAGCUGAUUCUCAACAACGGUCAACGAGAGCACAUACUGAGAGAGCAGCGCAUCCUAAUGGAGGCUCAUUGUCCGUUCAUAGUCAGGCUACACAAAACCUUUAGAGAUGCAGAGUGCCUCUACAUGUUGACAGAGGCUUGUCUUUGUGGUGAUCUUUGCAGUCUACUCGGAGAUAAAGGCUGUUUGGACGAAUGCAGCACCAGGUUCUACACUGCUUGUGUUGUUGAGGCCCUGAGCUUUCUUCACUAUCGAGGUGUUGUCUAUAGAGACGUCAAGCCUGAAAAUGUUGUCCUGGACGAGCAUGGUUACGCCAAACUGAUUGGCUUCAGGUGUGCAAAGAAGAUUGAAGUGGGUAAGAAAACUUGGACGUUCUGUGGUACUCCAGGCUAUAUGGCCCCUGAAAUCAUCCUGAACAAAGGCCACAAUAUAUCCGCAGACCUCUGGUCACUGGGUGUUUUUGUGUUUGAACUUCUGAGCGGCGAACUUCCAUUCAGUGGCUUCGACCCAAUGAAGAUUCUCACUGCGACCAUUCGUGGCAUCGAUCAGAUUGACUUCCCAAAAACCAUCAGCAAAAGUGCCUCCAGCCUCAUAAAGAAACUGUGCAGGAGCAAUCCCUCGGAGAGAUUGGGCAGUCAGAGAAACGGGGCCAAGAACAUUCAGAAGCACAAAUGGUUCGAAGGAUUCAACUGGGAAGGGCUUUGUAAAGGAACUUUAAGCCCACCACUCAUUCUCAAAGUUAAACAUCUUUUGGACAGCAGUACAUACAGUCAUUAUACUGGAGACUCAGCUGAGCCGUGCACAGACUGGGAUGAUUUCUGAAGGAUGAGCUGUGAAUUGGAGCAAAAACUAUAUAACAAUGUUUUUUCUCUUAAAGGUUUAGUUGUCAUAAAUAAUUCACUGCCGCCAGUCUUACUGUCAUCAAGAAUUAAUUAUAUUUUCAGAAAAAAAGUAUUUUCCACAAUAUCAGUAAUUGCAGAUAUUGUUUAAUAAACGUACCAUGCUGCCUGUGAGCUGAGACUGUUUUUGAUUGCAAAACCCUAAACUAUAGAUUUAUAUUUAAAAAAAAGAGUUCAGUAAUGUCACUGCAGUUGAAUGAAACUACUCAAUAAACAAAUAGACUUCA